CGCACCAUAGAGAAGCUUGUGUAUAGGUCAAGCAAAGAAAGAAAGAAAAGGGGUGUCUAGUUAAAGCUUGUAUUUUUCCUUGUAAAGGUUUAGGGAACAAAUAGACAAGAGGAGAAGGAGACUAAGAUUCUUUGACUUGUAAUAACCAAAGAAAAAAAGGAAUCAAUAUUAUUUAGUCUUAGAAAGAAAAAGAAAAAGAGACGGUAAAGAGAAAAUUUGGUGAGGACAAUGGAGAUACAGACAGAGAUGAAGCAGUCCAGGUUUAGCAGAAUUUGUGUGUUUUGUGGGAGUAGCCAAGGGAAGAAAAUUAGCUACCAAGAAGCUGCCAUUGAGCUUGGCAAAGAGCUGGUUUCAAGGAAUAUUGAUCUGGUUUAUGGAGGCGGUAGCAUUGGUCUGAUGGGCUUAGUUUCACAAGCGGUUCAUGAUGGUGGUAGGCAUGUUAUUGGAGUUAUUCCCAAGACGCUCAUGCCUCGAGAGUUAACUGGUGAGACGGUAGGGGAGGUAAAGGCAGUUGCAGACAUGCACCAAAGGAAGGCAGAGAUGGCUCGGCAUUCAGAUGCCUUUAUUGCCUUACCUGGUGGUUAUGGGACUCUUGAAGAGUUACUUGAAGUGAUAACAUGGGCUCAACUUGGAAUCCAUGAUAAACCGGUGGGAUUGCUGAAUGUUGAUGGAUACUACAACUCUUUGCUAUCGUUUAUAGAUAAGGCAGUGGAAGAAGGAUUCAUUAGUCCAAGUGCUCGUCACAUAAUUGUAUCAGCACCCACUGCAAUGGAGUUAGUGAAGAAUUUGGAGGAAUAUGUGCCCUGUCAUGAAAGUGUUGCUUCAAAGUUGAGCUGGGAAACAGAGCAGCUGGGUUACCCUCAAACAUAUGCUAUCUCUAGGUGAUAUAAUAAGGCUUGCCAGGGUUGAAUUCUGGUUGGGAUUUGGGAAGUUGGAGCAGUUAAUUUGGAGAAUUAUUAACUAUCAUGUGUCUGUGGGGGAUGGGGGACUUUUUUUAUUUCUUUUCUUUUUUCCCUUGUAAAUUACUGAAAUUGACCUACUACAAUAUCUGAAAGCUUCGACAUUCCCCUUUUGUGGAAGAACUUUGGUAUCCUUUUGUUUAGUUGUAAGUACCAGAGAUUGCUGAAUUUCUCCCUGAAAAAUGUCAACUAAUUUAUAAUCUUUAUUAGCUA